GACGUCAACAAUAGUUACUUGAAUAAAAAUAAUUUGUGGUAGAGAUAUGAACUUUUGCAAGAAUUAGAAAUGAAUAAACAGACAUAUUGGCAUUGUUGUAAUAAUUAGAAAGUUACAAUCUAAACGUAUUUAUAUACAAAGGAAAUAUUGCAAAUAUAUGUAGAUAUCGCACUAUUUUAAGUUUGGUACGCAUGAUGGCAGUACGUUUUGUGCGAUUAAAUGAAAUAGCUGACAUUUUUAUUAAAAAAGUGAAGUCUAAAAUACAUUUCGAUAUCAACUAAAAAACUAUAGGUUAUAUCGUUGUCGUAUCGUUUCAAAUCAAGAUGUUCGAAAACUGAUUCACUUCAUUGAGAAAAUUGCAUAAAGACGUAAGAAUGUCUAGCAGUAGUUCUGAAAGUAGUGACGAGAACUAUCACGAAAAGUCACGGAAAAGACGUAAACACAGGCAUCCUAGCCAAGACAGACGAUCCGGCAGAAAGGAAUCGAGCAGCAAGAAUAAAAGUUACAAAGACAAGAGAGAAGGUAGGGACGUUCACAAAUUUAGCAGAGACAUAAGAAGAGAAAAUAAUGAUGUGCAUUGUGAUAGAUCGCAAGGCGAACGGGAUAGAUUAUAUAGGGAUAGCCGACAUGAGAGGAGGGAAGAGGAGAGGCAAUAUGAUAGAAAAAGAUAUGAGAGAUCGCCUUUAAAAAGAGAAGAAUCUCGUCCAAGGCACAGAGAUCAUGAGGAAAAAAUGAGAAAACACAAAGAUCCUGCUGAAUAUAAUAAGAGAAAUGAUAAUGUCAACAAAGGAGCAAGGAAUAAUCUUGAAGAAGUAAAAGUAAAGAAGGAACCGUUUCCAGAAUGGGGCAAAGCAACUGUUAAAGCAGAAUCUAAACCAAAGCCACAAGAAAAAGAGAAACCAAAUUUUGAAUUGUCUGGAAAAUUGACGGAGGACACAAACACUGUAAAUGGCGUGGUUAUUAAAUACGCAGAACCUGCAGACGCGAGGAAACCUAAACGUAGAUGGAGAUUGUACCCUUUCAAAGGAGAAAAAGCAUUGCCAACUUUGUAUAUCCACAGACAAUCAGCCUAUUUAAUGGGCAGAGAUCGCAAAGUUGCUGAUAUUCCUUUGGAUCAUCCUUCAUGUUCUAAGCAACACGCAGUUUUACAAUAUCGUUUAGUAUCUUUUCAAAAAGAAGGUGGAGGUGAGGGAAGAAGAAUUCGACCUUACCUCAUAGACUUGGAAUCUGCAAAUGGUACAUUUGUAAAUAACAUAAAAUUAGAACCACGGAAAUACCACGAAUUAUUGAAAAGGGAUGUGAUACGUUUUGGAUUUAGUUCAAGGGAAUAUGUUUUAUUACAUGAACAUAGCAAAGACGAUUCAUUAGAUGAUGAUGUUCCCUCAAGUACUACAAGUACAACUACUCUUGCUACUACUGCAUAGUUUCAACCAGAGUUUGAAAGGUGCGUAAAUAUCAUUCGCAGACAAGGAACGCAAUAAUGUGCGACAAGAACAGAGAUGAUGAUUAGUUCCACAAUUUCACCGCUACGCGGUGCUAGCAUUUCGAGGUCCAUCAAUUGACUAAAUUCUAAUUUAUAAAAAAAACUAAUUAAGAGGAUUUAUUUAUGAUUUUUUCUAACUGUGUCUCUAAAAUUAAAUUCUCAGCUUUCUUCCUAUAUUCCAUUAGCCUACAAAAAAAAGGAAAUAAAAAUUUGAGAAUUCAAUCUAAUAAAUCAAAGUAUUGGCUCAAGUAAUGUUUGAUUUGCAAACCGAUUCGAAAUUUGAAUCCAAAAGUUGUACGUAAUUGAAAGAAUAAAUUUUAUUGUUUUUGUCAAUUAACUUGAAUAUAACUGUUGUGUCCGCUAUAGCAAAUUGUAGGAAGCAUGAAAAGCAUAUGAACUCCCCAUUUACAUAAUUCGUAAUCAAUGACCGUAUACCUGUUUGUAUACCUGAAUUUUCCAAACAUUUCGCCGAUUGCGAAUACCGAUAGACGUGCGAGGUCGGGUAUUUCGACUGUUUUCGAACUGCUGCAUUUCCGUGAAUUCUUCAAGGAAAUCAAUCAAUUGUGUCACAUUACCGUUGUUUAACAAGAUUAUUA